AUUGCAUUCCACGGCCAAGCUCCGGCACCACAUGCUAACGGGGUUUUUUUCUAUGCGAACCGCCCGCCCGCCCGGUGACGAUCUUGGUCGACUUACCUAUUUUGCUCUUCCGCAGCCUUGCCGCCCUCUCUCCCACGCCCUCUCCCACUCCCACCACUCGUUCUGUGCCCGUCGACGCCAUUGCGCAAAAUGUUCCACGAUCUACACGUGCCCUGGCCUGGCCCAACACCGGGACUGCAGCGGACAAUCGCUUUUCUCGACGAAUUAGGAUACGAUGUCGUUGCUCUCACGCACACAUACACUGGGAGGCUCCCCGCUGAUAUAACUUCCCCCGUACCCACCAGCCUGCCUUUCCCCGUCCCUGCCCGGAUACGCAUCCUGCGUCGCUGUAACAUCUUCCUCACUGACUCGGCCUCCAAUUUCCGCAUCCCCCAGCUGCAGCAGCAUUAUGACCUGGUUGCUGCCCGGCCCACCGACGAGCGCACCCUGCAACAGGCAUGCCAGAGCCUCGACGUGGAUAUCAUCUCGCUCGACCUCGCCACCCGCUUCGAAACACACUUCAAGUUUCCUAUGCUCGGCACCGCUAUAGCUCGAGGAAUCAAGAUUGAGAUUUGCUAUAGCCAAGGCAUCCUAUCAAAUGAUCCGGCCGCAAAGCGCAAUGUCAUAAGCAACGCCGUCCAGCUCAUUCGCGUCACCAGAGGCCGCGGUCUGAUAUUCAGCUCCGAAGCAAACACCGCCCUGGGCAUACGCGCACCCAGCGACAUCAUCAACCUCGCUUCAGUAUGGGGACUCGGCACGGAAAAGGCCAAGGACGGCCUCACCAAGGAGCCACGAAGCGUCGUCGAGUUUGCGCGCUUAAAGCGACAGAGCUUCAAGGGCAUAGUUGAUAUCGUCCAUGGCGGCGAGAAGCCAGCACAUGAGACAAAAGAUAAGUCCGCGCAAAAGGGAAAAGCAAACAAGAACCAAAACGGCAAGCGCCCAGGCGACACGUUGGACUCCACCCCCACGCACGAGACAAAAGCCGAAAAGCCCAUUUCCAAACGCCAACAAGCAAAGAACAAAAAGGCAAAAGUUCAGGAAGCAGGCCAGGAGCAACAACAGCAGCCCGCAUAAUCAACAAAAGUGCUUAUUUCAAGAGAAGAAGAAAAAAAAUGAUACCCAAUUAGACGCGCGAAACAGCAAGCAAUGAUCUUCUUGUACUACUAUAUUUCAUCUUUUUUCAUAAAUUAAACCCAACCCUGUCACAGCAAAGCAGGCGCACUCAAUGCCCUACUAAACCAAUUAUAUAUAUAUAUACCAUAAGAACCAGAACCCACACAUACACUUGGGGACAAAUAUAACAACCCUCCCCCUCCAAAAAAAUCAGACCAAACAAAUACUAACAAUAACCUCUCG